UCUGCGCGAUGUCGUCGAAACUGCCAACAUAUUCAUUAAAAUGAUGGAGAAAUUCUGCAAGGACACCGUGUUUUUGCAGGAAAAGAAGCGUUCCAAGAAGCAUGGCCGCAAGCCAAAAGCAAAUAAAAAACCGGAACCCAAACCACAAAUUACAGAGGAGGAAUUAUCAAAUAAAUGGGCUGAAAUCGCCGGUGAAGUAAGCGUAGUACUCACCAGUGAACUCCAGUUGCCAGAGGAGGAUCAACCUUUGCCAUUCGAUGCGACAGCUGAAAAAAGCAUUGACGAUCAAAAGGAAGACUGUAUGACGCGUUUGCAUCGCUUUUUGCGUGAUCAACAAUUCGAAAAGGCGAUUACUCUACUUCGCGCCGCUAGGUAAG